CGCUGUGUUUAUUUCCGGUACUUUCAUUCAGAAGAGUAUCUCUUAUCGAGAUUGGUAGUUUAUUAGCUGUUAAUGAAAAUUCUAAAAUCAAAGGCGAGCAAGGGUGUAAAGUAGUCAAGUAAUGUCGAGACAAGCCAAUAGAGCUGGAGACCCAAGGAAAGUGGUUGGUUUUUUAAAAGUCUUACUAAAUUAAUCAUAUACGCCUAUUGACUUCAAUAAUAAUUCAAUUGUCAAUAUUAUUAUGAAUAUAUAAUAUAAUAUAUGCCACACCCCCUCCCCUCUCGGUCAUCGGUGUACCCGGCCCGAAAACUGGGCUCGGCUCGGUACUCAUUCAUGGACUGAAGAAGGCGAUGCAGUUAUGGACUGAUGAAGUGGGGGCUAGAAGUGGGCUAAUUUAGAGAGCUACCACCCUAACCUCAUUUGCAUGUUGUGUCCCUGGUUCCAAUAGGGUCAAAACGCUGGUUCCGCCAAUAGGGUCAAAACCUAGGUUAGAGAUACAGAUAAGUAUAGGGUUCAUGUUAGGUUUAGGGAUGGAUUUAGGGUUCAGGUUAGGUUUAGGGAUACAUGCAGGACAUAAGUUUGCGGGUCGCUGCAAUCAAGAUGGCGGCCGUGGUGCUAUCUCUCAAAAUUUACCAAGAAGUGUGUAGGCCCUACUAAAAUCAUAAUUCAUAUCAUACCAAAUAAAUCUGUAUGCAACGUUUUCCAAAGUCUAAGACUGUGAUUAUGUGUGAAUCUUUUCUUUCACUCAUUAUGAUUAAUAUUAAUCAAAUCCCAAAUUCGUUAAAAGGCUUAAAAGUUUAAAAGGAUAGGAGUUUUCAGUUUAGGCACUUUGUUAUCACCCAGAAACUCCUGAAAAUCAGGUAUUUGAAUUUCGUUGUCAAAAUGGCGACCUCCACGGUUUAAUUUACAAUUAACAAAGGUAUCUUGGUUCACCUUUCUAUAGUUGAUUUUUUAAAAUUUUUAGCAUAAAAAUAAAUUCAACAUCCGCCAAUUACUUAAACUUGAAGUCGACAUCUUGCUUGUUCUAUUGAGAAUUCAUUUUUGUUUUCGUGGUUAUAGUUUAAGCGUUGAAAAUUGAAGUUGAAAAUAGGUAAACUUCACUUUUCUUUUAAAAAGCGCAAAUUUUAUUUUUAAAAAGUACUUAGUUUUGAAUAUAUUUUUUUUCUCUAAUGUACUAUUUAGACAUUUUAAUGUUGAUUAUUUUCAUUCAAUAUUUAAGUUUGUACAAUAAAUACAUUAUUUUAAAUGCAACACAAGUGAUGGGAGUUAUUGAAUGCUUUCAAUUUUUACAUAUUUCAGAAUGGAGAGUUAUUUACAUUGACCUAUGGAGCACUUGUAGCGCAACUAAUUAAAGAUUAUGAAAAUGAUGAGCAAGUCAAUAAACAGUUGGAUAAAAUGUAACAUAUUUUAAAAGUUCUUUGGAUUUUUUAUAAUAAUCUUUUACAAUGAUAGCAAAUUAUGAUUUUUAAAGUGUGUCCUAUUUUCACAUCUUUUCCUCGCAUUGCUAUUAUAAUCAAAGGUUUUUCAUCUAGUAAAAUUUUCAACUUUGCAAGAUGGAUUCACAUUAUGUUUUAGUUAUUCAUUUUAUUGCCAGGGGCUAUAAUAUGGGAGUGCGCUUGAUAGAGGACUUUCUUGCUAGAGCCAACACUGGAAGGUGUAAUGAUUUUAGAGAAACAGCUGAUGUUAUAGCCAAGGCAAGCUGUCUUUUCCUAACAUGUAUCAAAACCAAUAUCAAAAUAUACUAAUUUUUAAAGUUUAAUGAUGAACUCCAUUCACAAAAAAAUUUAGUUUUAAUUUACAAAUGGAGAAUUAAUAGUUAUUACAUAAAUACCAGACACAGCAAUAAUAAAAAAAAUUAUUGUACUUUUGAUUGCUCUAUUUAAACAGAAAAUACCUUUAAAUGUAGUAAAAACUAACAACUGUAGAUGCUGAACAUUAAUUAAUUUUAUUUAUUUCAAGCACAGGUAGCAUUCAAAAUGUACCUUGGUCUAACUCCAGUUGUAAGUAACUGGAGUGCUGCUGGGGAUGAGUUCUCCCUUUUGUUGGAGUCAAACCCACUGACUGACUUUGUGGAACUUCCUCCUGGUCAUGCCAACCUAAAUUACUCCAACCUAAUGUGUGGUGCCUUGAGGGGUGCUCUGGAAAUGGUAUGAACAUAUUUAUUAAUAUGUUAAACUUUUUAUCUAAGAGCAUCUGUGUUUUUUAAACAUGUAUGAAAGUUUAGGGUAAACAGUUAGCAUCUUUAAAGGUAAAUUGAUAAUUUUGAUUUCUAAUUAACUAAUGAGUCACACUGGCUAUUUCUGGCGAUCAGUUGAAAGAGUAAUUUUAAAAAAAAAUAUAUUAUUAAAAGCAGAUAUCUUGUACCUGUUGUUGAUAUUUGUUUUUAGUUUAAAAAAUGUCUAUUUCUUUCUAGGUUCAGAUGAAUGAUGAUCUUGUACAUUUAGUACUAGUAGAUAUUUAAAAAAAAAUAAUAAUGGAUUUUAUUCCAGGUUCAGAUGGAUGUUGAUCUUGUAUCUGUAGUAGAUAUUUGUUUCUAAUAAAAAUGUAUUUUAUUCCAGGUUCAGAUGGAUAUUGAUCUUGUAAAUGUAGUAGAUAUUUGUUUUUAAUAAAAAUGUUUAUUUUUUUCUAGGCUCACAUGGAUCUUGUACUUAUAGUAGAUAUUUGUUCAAAUAAAAAUGUCUCUUUGUUUCUAGGUUCAGAUGGAUGUUGAUGUCAAGUUUAUACAGGAUACACUUAAAGGAGACAAUAUCACAGAAAUCAGAUUGAGGUUUAUCAAACGUCUAGAAGAUGCUGUUCCUGUAGGGGAAGAUUAACAAGAGAAAUUAUUUAAUAUUUACUGAGCAAGGUAUGAAAUUACUAAGUAGUGGUGAGACUGAGUGACAGAAAUGUUAAUGGGAUAUAUGGGAUGUCUGGGUUUGAUUUGAAAGUAAGAACUAGUUAUGUACUUUGCUUCGUAUUUGAUAGUUUAUCAUUUCAUAAUUUUGAAAACAUUUUGUUUAGUUUGAUUGUUCCUUAUUAAAAAAAACCAAAUGUUGUAUAAAUUGCAAAGGUUAAUAAUUAUUUAUACAUACAUUUGCUCUAUCUGUUGUUCCUCAAUGCUAUUAGCUUUAUGAAAAUUGAUGCAUUUGUUAAGUUCUACUUUAAAUAAGGUUGAGGGUUUUAUAAGUAGUUAGCUCUUCAAUGGGUUGUUAUGCUCUAAUUGUUUGUAGUGGGAAAAAUUUAAAUGAGUCAAAAUGAAAUUGAACUUGAUUUCAGUAAUUUUAGUGCCUGUAUGUAUUUUGUUAACUUUUUAAUGAUUGCUCUGAGAUGAACAACAUUUGCAAACAUGUUUCAAAUUUUUUAUUUUAUUCUUGGAUUGAUUUACCAUUUUCUUAGAUGAUAAAUUUGGUUUUGCAAGAAUUGGAAGCAUGGUUGAAAAAUUCUUAAAUGUCGUUUGGUACAACAUAUUGCUCUGAUUUUAAUAGCAUUGUUAGGGGCUGCUGUGGUGGAUGGUUUCUCAUUACAAUCCAUUUAAUAAUUGGCUGUGAAAAUGUUGAAAUAUCCACAUUUUAUUGGGCCCUUUUACUUUUAUAUGUUUUGUGUUCAUUUGAUUUUAAAAUUAGAGCAUAUUAUAGAGAUGGGACCAGACAUGCUUGAUUGGGGCUGUUAGUAAGUCAUGAGUUUGAAUGUUCUUUUAUUUCUUAUUUAAUUAUGAUUUAUUUUUUUUUAGAUGAAUUGAUGUAAUAAAAUUUCAUUAAAAUGAUGCACAGUGUUUUCAACUCUCAUUUAUCAUUCAUGUUUUUGGUUUGAUUUUAUUUAAUUCAAGUAAAGUUGUGUUUUUUAAAAUGUAUUUUUCUUCUCCUCAAUUUUUAUGAAAUAAUUAUUUGUAUUGUAAUGUCUUAUGUCUUAAAAAGGCAGUUGUGUGUGCAGGCUAGUCCCUUGGGGUUAUACAAGCUAGUUGUUUGAAGUCAUGCAGGCUAGUUCCAUUAAACAAAUUAUUCCCUUCAGUCUCUUUUAUGAUUGAUCCUGCAGCAUAUGAGGGUAAUCUUAUCUAUCCAAAAGCAAACCUGUACACUUGCUGGUUGUACAGAGUUAGUAUUUAUCAAAGAAACUGUGCCACAAGCAGUUUGUACACUUGCCUGUUGAGAAGAGUUAUUAUUAUUAUCAACGAGAACAGUGCCACUAACAGUAUGUUAUUUAUAAUAUUUUGUUGUUGACACAGUUCAGAAGUUUGAAUAAAUGUGAAAUCUAUGUCCAAAG